CCUUCUAUUACUGCAACACUAGCAUUAGCAAGUGCAAAAUUUUUAUCUCCCCAUCAAUCCAUCACAUCCCUAUUUCCUAAUCAAGUUAGGACGUAUAAAGUAAAGACGGCCUUAAAAAGAAGAUGUCCAAAUUGUUAUUUUGUUCGUCGACAUAAUCGUUUGUUCGUUGAAUGCACGGCCAAGCCCAGACAUAAGCAGAUGCAG